GUAAAGUACAUCGAUUGUUUGAGGACCAGGAAAUAUUUCGUCCUCGUUAUGGAGUUGGCCUCCGGUGGUUCACUGGACAACGUGGUGAAGCAGAGGCCCGUGGUGGCAGUUGAUCGCGUCAUCCAACUUGCGCAUCAAAUAGCGUCAGCUGUAGAGUACAUUCACGGUGAAGGGGUUGUCCAUCGCGAUCUGAAGCCUAGCAACAUCCUGCUAACUGACAAGGGGGUCAGCAAACUUGCAGAUUUUGGCAUGGCUACAAUGUUGCAGUCAACUGCUGCAUCAGCUCUGAUGAGUAAGGGUGGAACUCCUGCCUAUCUCUCACCUGAGCGAGCCAAGGGGCAGGAGUAUGGUCGUCCGGCUGACAUGUGGGCGGUGGGGUGUAUUUUGUUGAACUUGAUUCAUGGAGAGCUUAACAUUGGGCCCUUGUGGGACGACAGUGAAGAAGUUG